AUGGAGGACUUGGGUUCUCUGUGGACUACUUAUCAUGAGAGCACUGAUGAGUUGAAGCAGAAGCUUCUGUACACAACCCUUGAGCUGGAAUCAGUAAAAACUUUAGCAACUGAUGAAAUCAGAAAGAGUGAGGAGAAUGUGAACAAUUUGCUCAAUCUUUUGAAGGUUGCAUACAAAGAAAGAGACGAUGCCAGAGCUCAGCUUCACAAGCUCCUAAACAAGAUCAUGCCUUCAAGUCCAAUUGAAGCACCCAUUAAUAUGUUUCCACAUGUCCAGCCUGAAAGCUCACUUUUAAUUCCCACCAAAGCAAACUCCAGCAUAACUGAAUCUAACAGCCUCUCUGAAACAUACAACCACCAAUCCCAUGGCUCUUCCCCUGUGGAAUCUUUAUUUGAUGCAGUUUCUUCACCAGAGUUCUCAAACAUCAACAUGGCAGACUCUGGUAACAUUGCUUUUGUGAAGCAGCAGCAGCAGCAGCAGCAGCCUUUGGUGCAAGAAUUUAAUGCCUCUAUGUCUUCUGGCAUGACCAAAACUGAUCCUGCUUCGGCAGUGAUUGACAAUUUUGUCAAAGGGAAGACUCUGCCUCAAAAAGGGAAGCUCUUGCAGGCUGUGAUGGAAGCCGGCCCACUGCUUCAGACACUUCUUGUCGCCGGGCCUCUUCCUCGCUGGCGAAAUCCUCCUCCUUUGCAGUCGUUCAAAAUCCCACCUGUUUCUAUCAAAGGCUGUGAAGCUGCAAGUUUUAACCAGAAACCAGUGGCUAAUCCUAGUUAUGCGGUUCAUAAUAAGCCACUGAGUUUUGCAUCAUAUCCUGAGAUGUCUCGUGGGUUUUCGCAAACAUGUUCAGCUUCCAUGUUGAAUUUCAACAAUGGUGCCUCUGGAUCAUGCCUGAACAAUGUAAGGCUGCUCACUUCAAAUUCCAGUAUUGACCACCAAAUCCCAAUUGGCAAGCGGCAGAGGCUUCAAUGA